AUGGCUGUCGCCGCCCACAUCCAACCAGCCCCUGGUUCCUUACGCUCCAUUCUUGUCAAAAACUCUACCACUCGACUCUUUGUUCAUCCGCUUGAAUGGACUAUUGACCACUUAAACUUUCUUAAUGUCAAAGUUGUUACAUCUACUAGUAUAAUGGAGCCUGUAGUGGAGGAAGACAAACUUGGGGCAUACGAGAGCAUACAUCAGGCACUGAAGAGAAAACAUCUGUCAAAGAUAAUCCGGUAUCUCGAAACCAAAAUCAGCCCGUGUUCAAGUAGAGAUUCCGCAAUGCGAGAAUACAUCAAAACCACUGCAAUUAUUCAAAAGCUACAUCCUAUGGAAGCUCAAAUGUCUUUUGCAUAUAGUCGUUGUCAAUAUGCCACUUUCCCUCCUAUUAUACUCGCCUGGCAUGAUUUUCCCUUUCUCAACAAUCAUCCAGGCACUCCGAUCUGGGCUUAUACUGAUCAAACUUGGAUAAACACUGCUCGAAGGAAGCGAUACAGAUGGAAGCCUAGGUCCUAUGCUACUGAGCAAAUCAAAAACAAAGAAGAGCUUGCUAUUGACCCUGUUUAUGUUGCUAUUUUAAUCUCUUUAGCCAAGGAUAAAAAAAGGGAAUCUGAGACACCUGGUCUGCAGGAAACAGACUCGCUCCAGGUUACUCUUUUUGUUCCCGAACACGAAUUCCUGCCGCAUACCCGUGGGAGAAGAGAAACCAAACUCGUACAAUACACAGCAAAGAUUUCGAAUACAUACUUACAGAAAUUCGAGGAUCCUUACAAAUUCUUUGAUGCUAGUCUCCACAUUGAGAAAAAGAUGUUGCCAACUAGUAAACCCAAUAUGGUCUUGCAGGCAAUUGAAACAGCUAUCCACGAUCUUUGCGGACCCUCGAAACCUGAACCCUCGAGAUCUGGAUCCUCGAGAUCUGGAUCCUCGGAACCUCUCUCUCCAGCCCCGAUACUGAAACGAAAGGCACUUACAGAGCUCAAGUCUGAUGUGGGGGGUCAAAUCCUCGACAGCAAGCGAAGGAAAGUCUGUUCGGUGGAUGAAUGA